GUUCAUGCAGCGACAUCAUGCUCGUCCUUUCUCUUUUAUCAUCAUCAGGGAAAUGCGCCAGUGUCAUUCAGCAGAGCUGCACUUGGAGGCUGAAGACGGUGAAAACAAAGAGAUGGUUUCCUUUCUGCUCGCUCUCCUUUUCCUGCCCACAUCGACACCCGUUGCACAACAAAUGGGACAUGAGGCGAUACGGGUCCAGGCAGGUGAGAUGGUGGCGCUGCACUGCCCCUGUGACGUUAAUCCUACUGGUGAUGCCGAACCCAUCUGGACCAGUUCUACCGAGCGGGAGAUGGAUCUGACCGACGUGUCCUCAGCGGAGGAGACCGGUGUGCUGGUUCAAGGGAUGAGUCUCGUUAUUCUCCGUGCAUCUGGAAAUCAUCAGGGGAACUACUCGUGCUCUCUGGGGAAUUCCAGCUGCCAGUGCCGGUUCACGGUGACAGUGAACACAGCACAGUCCAGAGGUAACGAUUCCUCAAAGACCUGUCACUCACAACAGUCCUGCGAAUUGACAUGCCCUCCUGUAAACAUCCGAAUAGUAAAUAUAACCAGCAACGGCAUCACAUGGCACAAGGAGGGACGGUUGUUGCCAAAUAAGGGUUACUUCCUGAGUGUGGAAGAGAACCACGGUGGUGUUUACAUCUGUACCAGAUCUUUCCUGUACACUAGCCAGGUGUAUAAUAUGACCUUUACAUUUGUACUUCAUGUCAAACCAAAAGUAGUGACAAAAACUGCAGUGAUCAUUUCACCGCAACAUGAGGAAGUAUUUUAUGUGGAUUUGGGUUCAACAAAGGUGAUAGAUUGUGAAGCUCUGGCCUGCUCAGUCUUUGAUUCGUUGUUCUGGUUGGGUGACAAAUCUCUCACAACUACCAAAGAGGAACCUUAUGGUGAACAAAUAAAGAUUACGGCAUCUCUGGUCUUCAAAAAAGUGUCAGAAGAGGAUCUUUCAAAAAACUAUACCUGUAGACUGCAAUCUACUUGCCAGAACCCACACUCCGUCAACAUUACUCUCAGAACAGCUCGCCGUUCUUACACGCCCCUGAUACUCAGCACUGUGGGCAUCGUGGUCGUGCUGACUGUGACACUAUUUAUCUACGUGAAGUUGAAAAUUGAAAUCACUCUUUUCUUAAGAGACACUCUUGGCUGCCAUAGAAGCGCCUCAGAUGGAAAAAGCUACGAUGCUUUUUUGAUGUGUUAUGAGAGCGACGGAGGCGCAGGACUAAACGCUCAGGACAGAAAACGGCUGGAGAGUGUUUUGGAAGGGAGGUUUGGUUACAGCCUCUGUCUUUAUGAUCGCGACGUCUUACCAGGGGAAGCUGCAGCAGAGGCCGUGUUUGACUGCAUAGAGGAGAGCCGGACGGUGGUUCUGGUUCCCACCUCUCCAGAUCCUGGUCUUGGGUCCAGCCUGCUGAGUGCCAUCCAUGCUGCUCUUGUGGAGCGGCAGACUCACUUGAUUUUCAUCACAACUGAGACAACGGAAGUGUCGACACCAGGUUCCCUAUCUGAGGCCCUGCAACCUCUCAGUGAGGCUGGAGACUGCGUCACCUGGAAAGGCCAAAGCUCCAUGUCGUCCUCCUCCUCCUUCUGGAAACAGCUACGCUAUUAUCUACCGGCCUCACGGCAAGCUUCUAAAAUAAACCGUCUACCACUGACAAUCUAGGAUGUUGCCUCAUGGCGAAAUGUUUAACCAAGUUAGAAUCCACAUCCUAUGUCAUAUCUAUCUUUACUACCAUCGUGUAUUCUGUAUCCACAAUAAAGAAAUUAAAUCUAACUUUUCAUGGUGAAGAAAA